AUGGACCCACGCAAUCAAGACAGCGGCGACUCCGGUAGCUCCACCAUCUCACCGACCUUGCGUAAAGAUAUCAACCUUACGAACCGAUUAUCCGCCUUACUCGAUGCUGCUCGCAAUGAAGAUCUCACGUCCGAGUUGCAAAUACUUCCAACAGCAGAACCUCGUGAGGUGUUGAGCCGGGUUCUGUCGCUGAGUUCCGUUAUCUCUACAGCCUCCUCAUUCGCAUUUUUCAACACUGUACAGCAGACAUCUUCUGUUGGGCUUCGCAGUAUUGGCUUUGGCCAAUGUGGAAUUGUCUUCGAGCGGCCCGGUCGUGCUUAUGUCAUAAAAAUCGCCCGUCCGUCGUUCGAAAAUGCCCUUUGGGUAGAUUUUCAAGCCCACUUGGCAGUGUACCAGGCCUUCACAGACCAGCAGUCCGUUGAAGUACGGGUUCCCGAAAUAUUCUCAUAUGUCCCAAAAACGAACAAGCAAUGGUGGGACUCGCAUAUUGAUCUUUUUCACAGAUCACAUCUCUCUUUCCCUCUACCGGCAAUGGCAUUAAUCACAGAACGAAUACUGCCACUACCCAAACUUGCUCGACAGGCUCUGAUAGAUGCCUAUUGUCCCGCAUCGUCGCGACUCGCUGUAAGCUCUCACGAAACCAACCGUGAUUGCUUGGCGCGUAUCUAUCUUGGCCGUCGCCGAGGUGCGAAUGACCCGCCCUCGCGCAAUUUUACCUUGAGGAACUUCAACUUGUGUUUGGAUCAGAUGAUCGAGCUAAAUCUCCCAAUCCAGAACUACGCUAAAGCUAUCGGGGAGGCUUUGGCAAUUAUGCAUUGGUCGGCAAAUGUGGAUUGUUACGACAUUGAAUUUGUCCUAGGCAGCGAAGCAGAGACGACAUACACCCAGAACAUUUGUCGUUCGUUAGGACUUAGCGCAAAACAGGUUGCAACGAUGCCUCCUCACUCAGACAUUGACGGAAUGAUGCGUGUCAACUUUCGCCGCCGAACAACCCGUGUCUGGGUUCUCGACUUCAAUUUGUGCAAUCUAUGGGAAGAAAGACUGGCACUGGAAAAGCCAGAUGACUUGAUAACUCAUCUUGCGGCUGCGUUUUUUGAAAACGACCCGUACUACCCUCGCCCAUCGGAAGAUUCCGAACCCGAGAAGUCUCUCUGGUUCACGUUCAGCUCUUCAUACCUAGAUGUAGCAGCAAGGCUACUGUCAGUUGCAGGGAAGGAUCCACGGCUCUUGUCGCUUCCCGGAAAGUUCAUUGAUGCUUGUGUGUCAGGGCAAUCGGAGAUUUUAGCGCAGCGCAAUUGA